AUCACGUGCUAGCUAAAAAUAGCCACGUGACAUUAACGUCGUUAGUCUGGUGAGUUAGAACAUGGACCUUACUUAUAUAACUUAGGCCCAUACGCCUUAGUUGAAAUAUUAUUUUAGGCCCAUGAAAUUAUUGUUUCCUAACCCACAUAAUAUUUGUUCUAAAAACCAUACCAAUUUUAUGAUUACCUACCAUUUUUAGUUAUAUUCGGUAAAACGUUUAUUGCAACUUUUAACACCUUUGUCCAUAUGUGAGUUAUAAACUCAGUUGAAUAAUGUGAGAGAGUACACAAUUGGAUAAUGAUUUUAUAGAAAAUGCAUUGAAGGGGGGAUUGAAGGAUACGUCGUCAUCGUCAUUAAUUCACCAUUAGUCAUCACUGACUAUUGACUAAGACUAGUAAAAAAAAAAAAAAACGUGGCAGUUGACAAGAGAGUUAACACCGAGAGAGAGAGUGAGAGAUUAAUAAAUCUAAAAAGUGAUUAUUGAUUAAUGAUAUACGGAGCAAAAAAAAAAAAAGAAAAUCGCGAGAAAAGAGGAAGCACGACGACAGAUUAGAGAAACUAGGAAGCGUGCUUUGCAAUGGUAUAAGCAGAAAGCACUAAGCACAUAUCUCGAGAGAUGGAUUACGGAGAAGAUGGUGUCCCCUCGUGGAAUUGGCAAACGCAGAGCUAUGAUCACCCACCACAGUCUACUACUCUCUCUGAUGUGACCAUGACUGAAGUCAUUUUAAACCAAGAAGACCACUCCUACAUGUUUGAUGAUGAAUCCACCCCGGUUAAGGCCUGUAGCGAGCUGAGUUAUCAUGUCACAACAGAUGAAACCAUCAAGAAGAUGGAAGUGCAGCAGAGUGAGACACGCUCUGCUGUAAAGAGGCGUCGGAUGUUGCAUUUCGAAGACCAGCCUAUGGAAACUUCCCUCUUCAGCUCUGAGUGUUUCUCUUCAAUCCUUAAAUCAAGCGCUAGAGAUGAAGCAUAUGAUGAGCUUUUACCAGAAGGAUCUCAGCUUAUACAAGGGUUUUCUGAAGACGCAUCUGCCUCAAGCUUGGAGGGACUUGAUCUGUAUGCAGAGGAGUGGUACGCUGAUUGCUUAAAUGAUCCCGAGACUCAAACGCUACCUGAUGACUUAAGCUUUGGUUCCCCUGAGGUCCAGAUAGAUGUUUCAGAGUACUUAAACGUGCCACUAGAAACAGAAACCAGGGAAGUUAGGAGGCCAGUGACUAGAUCUUCUCCAAAUGUUAUCUUUAAAGCAGGUAGGAAGUCAUUUGCAAGGCCGGUUCCAAAGCUACCAUCUUCCAUCAUCUACCCAUUUGCAUUCAUCAAACCGUGUGGGGUUCAUGGAGACAUGACUCUCAAGGACAUCAACAAGAAAAUCCAAACUCCACCAGCAAAAGCAAAGGAAGACAAGGAAGAGCCUCCAGUGAUCCAAACCUCAGCGUUCUCAGGGAAACCAGUUGUUGGGAAGACUAAAAUCCGCACAGAAGGUGGCAAAGGAAGUAUCACGAUCAUGAGGACGAGAGGCUAAACUUUAAGAUUUAAAGAAAAUCUAAACUUUUUUGCCUUAUUCUCAUAGGCCCUUCAAUAGUCAAGAAGGGUCUUUAAUCAAAGUACAGCGGCUAAUAUUAUGAAUCAAGUUCUUGUUUUCAUUUUGGUAUCUUUUGUAAGAAAGUGGAACUGCUGAAGGAUCUGUAAACCCUGGUUAGGAUAUUUUUUGGUUUGUAUAAAAAGUCUCUUUGUUCUUAAAUGUUGUUGGAAACUUUUAAUAUCCAAAACUUUGUUCAUGUC